AACACAGUUGAAAGCGGGAUAGACGAGGCUCGUCCCCGAUGACGUCACCACCGUCUUCUUAAUGUCGUCUCCGGCCGGGGAGGCGGCGAUGCGCGCAGAUGACAGCGGCAGGAGAAGGAUGCGGGAGGCUUUCGGGAGGCGACCUGUUUUGGUUUUAAAACGGAAUUCAUUCUGGAUUCAAUGAAUUUGCUAUUCGUCACCAGUGAUGAGUUGGCUCCUGUCAUGGAUUCUGAUAGCAGCCGGGAUUCAACAGGCCUCCUCCCAGAAUUCCACUGCCAUGCCGCCUACCGUGGCCGCCCAAACCACAACUCUGGAGCUGUACAACCGGACACAGUACUGCAAGUGGCCUUGCGAGUGUCCCAAAGUGCCCCCUAGCUGUCCCCCGGGGGUGAGCCUUCUCAUGGACGGCUGCGACUGCUGCAAGGCCUGCGCCAGGCAGGUGGGCGAGGUUUGCAAUGAGGCGGAUACCUGCGACUAUCACAAGGGAUUGUACUGUGACUACAGCUCGGACAAGCCUAGGUACGAAAAAGGAGUGUGUGCAUAUAUGGUGGGCACUGGCUGUGAGCAUGACGGUGUCAUCUAUCGUAACGGGCAGAGCUUCAAGCCAAGCUGUAAAUACCAGUGUGUGUGUGUGAAUGGUGCCAUCGGCUGUGUUGGACUUUGCACAGAGUCCCAGCCGCCACGGGUGUGGUGCCAGACCCCACGCCGGGUCAAAGUCCGGGGACAGUGCUGCGAGCAGUGGAUCUGUGAUGAACCCAAGAGGGGGCGCAAGACAGCCCUGCGCCACGCAGUCGAAGCUCUCCCAGCUGAGACCAGGAGUUGGCAUAAGAACUGCAUUACCCAGACCACCUCAUGGUCCCCCUGCUCCAAGACCUGUGGCCAGGGAGUGUCCUUGAGGAUCUCCAACGCCAACGAUCAGUGUGAGAUGAUCAAGGAGUCCCGCCUCUGCAACCUCCGCCCCUGCGAGGUCGACAUUACCAAGCACAUCAAGCCAGGGAAGAAAUGUCUUAACAUCUACAGAGAGGAGCAGCCAGGUAACCUCACCAUGUCUGGCUGCAUCAGUAAGAAGCAGUACAGGCCCAAGUACUGCGGCGUCUGCACGGACGACCGUUGCUGCAUCCCCUACAAGUCCAAGACCCUGGACGUAGAGUUCGUGUGUCCCAACGGGUCGACCUUCACCCUGCAGGUGAUGUGGGUUCAAGCUUGCUUCUGCAACCUCAGCUGCAAGAACCCCAACGACAUCUUCGCCGAGCUCGACAGUUACUACAGCUACCCAGAGAUCAUGAACUAACAGCUCCAUGGCAACGCCCGCAGCCUCUUCCUCUUAGCAACGCCCGCGGCCCGUUUACCCGAUGCCCCCCGUUUUGUUUCAGAUCUGGUUUGGCAGUGAUUCCUUUUCAUACGUCGUUUUCAACCUGUAAUAUAAAUGUGUUUUUUUGUACGAGGAGUUUUUUUCCGGUGAAUUUUUUCCUAUUGGAAAAUGUUGUGUAUAUAUAAAAAAUAUAUAUAUUUGUUGCCAGACUGGAUUUCCAAGGCAUAUCGUGUUUCAAAGAAAAAAUAAGACUUGCUUUGAAAGUGAUAGCCCGCUAGAAAGUGUGAAAUACCAAAGGCUUAAUUUAUUUAUGUUGAUCUUUGCAAAGGAAAUGACCAAAAAAAAAUGGAUAUGUUUAGGUUUAUAAGCAGAGUGAAACCCUUGUUAUCAGCGUGUCGGCCAGCUGCCAGCCGGCAGGGGUAAGAUGGGGGGGGGGUUUGCUCUUGAUAUUUAUACACGGACGAAUCUUAUUCUUGUUUACUACGCAAGUAAUAACACGGUGACGACAAGCAACAGAUGGAUAGAGACGCACGAGACAGUCGAGGACCUACCGCGUAACUCCGAUUUCCGGUUUUCACGUGCUCCCAUACACACUUUGCAGAUAAAAUGACGAUGCAACACACAGAAUGCUCAGUUACACGUUGCUGUUGUUGUUUUUUAUUGUCCUUUUUUAAUAAAUACAAACUGUUAUGCCA